AGACAGUUGCAAAAUUAAAGCAGUCAAGUAAUGAGGUUUGAAAAAUGCAAGAAUUGGAGAUAAAUUUGGAAGACGUGCAAAAUUUUCACGACUUCCUGUGUGAGUGAGCGAGUGAAGAAUUGAAACGUAAAUUAAACCAGUCACAUUUCGUGGCUCGUAGCGCUCUAUCGAUUUUGUGCCCGGAAGGAUCAUGUUAAACUUCAUUAUUGUGAGUGGAAUCCAGAGGCAGUUAGCAGCAGCUUUGAUAUCCGGAUUCUCGUGUUUCAUCGCCGGCGCCCUGACGGGAUGGCCGGCCCCGACGCUGAAGAAACUCCGCGAGCCCGACUCGGCGAUCCGGUUGACCCCGUCGGAGGAAGCGUGGGUGGUGAACGCCCUGCACAUCACGACGAUCCUGAGCACUCUCCCACUGGGGUCGCUCAUGAACACGCUCGGCCGAAAGACGACCAUGCUCGUCCUCUGUGUCUCCCCGAUCGUUUCCUGGGUUCUCGUAUACUUCGCUCAAACCAGUUUCGUACUCAUCAUCGCCAGGUCGAUCGGCGGCCUUUGGCUCGGUGGUUGCCAGACCUUGCUGCCCAUCUACAUCGCCGAGAUAGCUGAACCACGGGUGCGUGGCAUCGCUGGCAGUUUCAUUAUG